AUGACCAGUUGGCAAAAUAUUCUUGAUCAUUUGCCUACUGGAACUGGUCGACCAACGAUUCAAAAUAACAAUACAUCCAAUAAUGAAUCUACUCAUAGAGCACCUAUUAACAAUACCGAUGAUCAUGAAGAUCCAUCUCGUCCUUAUCGAGCUCGUGAACGACAAUUAGUAUUUCUUCCUCGUAAACGUAAUUUUGUUCCUAAAUUCAAUUUACUUGGUUUGAAACCCACUGAAGAUUUUCAACCACACAAUAUGGGCUUCUUUCAACCUCAUGGUUUAGUUGAAGAUGAAACUGUAUGGAAAAAAUCUCUUCGAGAUUUGGCAAUGUCACUUGGAUUUAUUACACAAAAUGAAAUUAAUCGAAUUCAAAAACCGGCUACUUUAGCUAAUUUUUAUGGACCACCAUCGACAACAGGUAGUUUACGCACAAGUGUUCCUUCAACAUCAUCAGGUCCAACACCUCGUUUUAAUGAACCAUUACCACCACCAAGUCGUGGAGAACGAAUCUUUGCUAAAGCACAUGCUAAACCUGCAUGGUAUUAUAAAGUUGAUGAUCAUGAACGAGAAGCUUGGAUGCUACAAGUACUCUGUCAAAUUUUGGGUACGGAUGAUAUAUCUCUUGUACAAACAUGGCUUGCUUCAUCACACAACGCAGAACGAGAUUUAGCUCGUCAAUUGAUUGUUCGUGCGUUAGAUGGUCUUGGUGAAGGUGAUCGAUUUCGAACAAUACUUCCAUCCCUUGAUGUUGACAUGGAUACACUUAAUAAUUUUGUCAACGGGAUUUCAGUUCCUCAAUUAUCUGUCGAUGGAAUAUUUCGACCAACCUUUAAACGACCGAAAAGAAGAACUCAACUUCGAUCAUUAGAUGAAAAACAAACUCUUCAAGAUACACGUACUGAUGAAGAAGUUAUGGCUGAAUUUUCAAGUCCAACAUUAGCCGUUAUGCAAACAACGCCCAAUAAUUGCAGUGGAUCCGGUGAUACAGCUCGUCUUCGUACACCAUUUCUACCACCAAUACCAGCUCGAUGGAUGAUGCAUAAUGAUGGUAGUUUUCGAACACCAUCGGCUAAAAAAUCAACAAAUGAACCUAAUUUAUCACAAAGUUUCUCAUGGCCAAAUUCAUCCCAUCCGACGAAUGCUGGCUCCGUUUUUACAUGA